CGUGGCUCAACUUUCUGCUUUCCGACCAGCCACAAGCCCCGGACGAAGCUACCCCUCACAUACCGCAGCAUACUACUAGACGUCGUGGGGCACCGCACAGUUACGGAGCGAUUCCAAACUUGAACCGGAGCGAUUUCAUCAAGAUGCACUAGGUAGCUCUAGCACCUGCUGACCGCACAGAUUCUCUCUUCAAUCUCGCUUCUACUGUUCUCCUUCGCUGCAUUUCGCCAUGUUUCGCGAACCCUUACUCCCGCGCACACGCGAUCAGGAACCCCGCACGAAUCGUGCUCCAAACCAGCAAUCGGCAGCACCGCUACCAGGCGGAGAACCCGCUCCCGCCACAAGCGCCGCGACUGGCGCCGAUCCGCAUGGACGCCCCGAGCUGCGCGUGAAGCUCACAAUAUCGGGAAGCGCAGCCGCCACUAGCGGAGCGCGUGCGAGCGUCGACUCGGCGAAUGUGGCAAUAUCGGAGGAAAGCUGCCUCUGCGCAGGCGCGGAUCCGCCGAGCAGGCGGAGAAGCUCGGGGAGAGAACGGGGGGAACAGGAGGGCGCGGGGAGGAGGGGGAGAUGGGGAAGCGGAGGGGGGGGGGGGGAGGGCCUGCGGUCUCCGCGCAGCCCGGGGCUGUCGAAGCAGCAGGUGCUGGUGGGAUUUGAUGCGGGGAAGGCGGAGGGGGAGGUGGAGGCGGAAGUGAGCGCGCACCUGCAGACAGACUUUCAGACCGUUCUUAACACGAUUAAUCUUUUCGUUGGGGCAGGUUUGCUCUCCAUGGGAUAUGCAGUCAUGCUGGGUGGCUGGCUGAGCCUUCUGGUCCUGGCCCUCUGCACAACCCUCUUCUGCACCACGGCUCGUCUCCUCUGCCGUGCAUUUGACGCCCUCCCGCCCUCCACCCUGCCCUCCUACCCGUCGCUCGCCCUUUUCGCCUUCGGGCCUCCGGGAGAAUGGGUGGUGAUGCUGGCAGUAUUAUUCGAGUUCUGGGGCGCGCUGGGCAUGUGUCUCAUCAUAGUGUGGCAGUCUGCGCUCAUCUUCCUGCCGUCCCUCCCCACUCUCUGCCUCCCCCUCUUCCACGCCUCCUCCUCUGCCACCGCUAGUGCUCCCCUCUGCCUCUAUCCCAGGCACCUCGUGAUGGUCGGCAGUCUCGCCCUGGUCAUUCCCACUGUGCUCGUGCGCUCCUUUGCUCGCCUCACCAACGUCGCUCUCUCUGGUGUCGCCAGCAGCACUCUGCUGUGCUCCGUGAUGAUGGGCACGUGGGCAAGCGACCCCUCCUCCGCCCUGCUCCCUGACUCCCGCGCCCACCACCACUCCCCAGUCUCCUGGGCGCAUCUGCCCAUGGCUGCUGGAAUCUUCAUGGUCUCGCUCUCAGGCCAUGCGGGUCUGCCAUCUCUGCGGCGCAGCAUGCAGACACCACAGCACUUUGAACGCUGCAUCAACAUCACCUUCACCUGCAUGUUCCUGCUCUAUGCCACCAUGGGCGGCUUUGCCUACCUCUAUUUCGGGGAUUCGGUGCGCGUGCUGGUAACCGCCAGCCUGGACGAGGCAGGCGCUGCUGCGGGCAUCACUCUGCUCCGCUGGGGGUCGCUCUCCCUCUCCCUCUCCGCCCUCCUCUCUCUGCUUGUCGCUGCCAGCGUCUAUUCCACCAUUCCGGCCCUGGUGUAUGUGAUGUCGGAGCUCAUUCUCGAUCUCUCUGCCCGCCUCGGCCUGCCCGUCUCCUCACACAAGCUUACACCCGCUGCUGCUGCUGCUGCUGGUGCCCGUCCCGGUGACCACAAUCCAACCACUUCGCACAGCAGCGCACAGCCAGUUCCUCACCGCCACUCUGCCAUAGCGGAGGGCAUCACUCGCCUUGCUGUUACCUUUAUUGGCUACACCACUGCAUACCUCACGUAUGAUAUCUUGGACAGAGUGGAGUCAGUGGUGGGAGGGGUCUGCUCGGUUGGCGUGUCCAUGGUGCUGCCAGCUGUCAUCUUUGACCGCAUCUACUCCCAUCAGCUGUCUCUGAUUAGACUCAUCCUCUUGCGUGGGCUCAUAACGUUUGGGAUAGUUGCGGCAUGUGGAAUUGCGUACAUAAACAUCUUUAGAUGAAGUGAGUUGCCAACUUGCCACUCACGGCACUGCUUAGAGUGCGUUCCAAUGGCCCCUAAUCAGAGUAGCUGUUUAUGAGAUUUACAGUAUGGUCCCGACCGACCGUGGGCUAUAUGUCAAACUCCUGAGUCAGAAGAAAUGGAGACACUCACG